AUGGCGGUAAGUUUUAGCUCGACUUGUAGAGAGAGAUACCGACUGAUCGCUCAUCGAAGAUUACACUCUACACGCCCGCAGCACGCUUGCACGGCUUGCGGCAAGCGGUUCUCUACAGCCAGCAACCGGACCAGACAUAUGGCGAGUCACACCGGCCUAAAACCAUAUAAGUGCGAAAUGUGUGGAAAGUGUUUCAAGCACGCGAGCGAGAAGCGUGCACACAUCACGUACGUGCACCUCAAGAAACCGUGGCCCAAGCGUGCUCGGGGCAAGCGCCGGGACACCAAACCAUCGGUACCUGCCCCACCACAGCAAGAGAUGGCGCUGACGCAGCCAGUGUGGUGUGAAAACAAAAUGGCCGCCGACAAGAUGUACAUGCUGUAAAGUUGGCUUAUGAUUUGUAUACAUAGAUCUAGUAUUACAUAGAUGAGCUAUACGCGUGCCUCCGUGAGGGACAAAACAUACGCAAAGCGACAAUAUUAAAAACACGUUUUAACAUUCCUGACAACAUACCAAAAACAGUCUACGUAAUUAGGUCGGGUUAUUUGUUGCCCACCAUAGACCAUACUAAAUUUUUGGUGGGGAACAAACAAAAAGUGAGACUGUGACAAGGACAAGCAAUAAUACCGCUUUCUCUGCUACUCCUACUGAAAUUUCCAUAAAUGCAUCCCGUUCGGUCGUUUGGCCCCUCCCCCGUGUCAUCUCUAUGUUAUUGUACCUCUAUGUUUACAUA